AUGAUUCCUUCUAAUGCCGAUAAAGAAAAGGCUACAAUGAGAUAUUGCCAAAUGACAUACACUGUAUGUUUAAUUUCGAGCCAAGUAUUUCGAUUUAAUCCUUAUGAUAAAAAUGUAAAGAAUUCGAAUUGUUCCUUGACUAUUAGCCUUAAAAAAAGGAAAUGUGUGAUUAAUUCAUAUUUGUACUUGAUCAAGGGAUCAAGUUAUUUCAUUCAAAUUCAGAACUUUUUAAAUAUUACACAAUUUUCAAUGCUAAAUAAUAAUAGAAAUGGUUUUAUUAUCUAUAUCUUGGAUAAGCAAGCAGGAUUACUAAAAAUUGAGUGGAAUAAGUUGAAUCGCACAAAAAAAUGGUUUGAUACUAUUUAAAAUGGCGUAGCUUUGGGUAUCCAUGAUGAGCACUUUAUAUAUGUGGUAUAAAAAAGACAAUUUAAAUAUAUUAUUGCUCAAUAUUAAAUCAUCAACUCUUAGAUCUAAAUUAUUGGAAAUUUGAAAGCAAGAAAAUCAUUUAGAAAAUAAUAGUAUCCUAAAAUUAUACUUUAUAUUCUUUAUGAGGAUAAAAUAUUUAGGAUCUUAAGAUUUGGAAUCAAAGAAGUAUCUAUUUUUGGUAAUAGAAUUACAGGAAUAAUUACAUUCGAUAUAUUUUAAUAUACAUUUGAACUGAUACCUGAUUAUGUGUAAUAUUUUUAUCAUUUAAAUGAAAAGAUUGCUUAUAAAUUGCAAUACUCAUUAAUUUAUAAUGAAAUCAAUAUAACCAUUUAAAAGAAAAUUGUCAAAUUUUCAGUUGAAUUAUAUACCAAUAAAUAUAGCCCUAUGAGAGUAGUCAUAGGUUUUUUUGUAAGUGGAAUCUUAAUAACUUUGAGCUUAUUAUAUACAAUCAUAACUCUAAAGUAAAAAAAUCUUUUAAUUUACAUGAUGGAGAAUAAUCUUAAGAGAUGUAAAGGAAAAUAGGGGUCACUUUUUAAAAGUUUGGAAUGUGCAAGAAGUCCGAAAAUAUAACACUCAAAACUUUAAAGUUUAGACCAAACAUCGAAUUUUGAUUUAAAGAGGUUGAGAAAUUGA